CCAACGUAGUCUUUCAGUCUAUCAUUGUUUAAUUAUUUAAAGUGUUCUUAGCAUUGAUAAGCGAUAAAGUAAAUAUUGUAUUAUUACCGUGCAGUAGUUCGGUGUCUGUGUAUCAGUAAAUCACACGCUUCGUACUCGUAUCAAAAUGACUUCAAAAGUACAAACCGUGUUGGGAGACGUGAGCCCAUCAGUGUUGGGCCGCACACUAACUCACGAGCAUUUGGCUAUGAACUUCGAACAUUUCUACAAGACUCCGCCCUCUGCCCUAGCGCCUAAAUUCGACAGCCACCCGAAUUUUCAUAUAGAAACUCUUGGUUUUGUGAGGCAGUACCCAUACAGUUUGAGGUAUAACUUGGAACUGGAUGAUAAGGAAGCGAAUGCAGCUGUUUUACAUGAUGUUGUUGAAUACGGAACUGCGAGUGGAGGUACCAUUGUGGAGAACACAACAGAGGGCAUUAGACGCAACUUGAAGUUUUGCAAAGAAAUAUCGCAAAGAAGCAAAGUGCAUAUUGUAGCCGGUACUGGCCACUACAUUGCCGACACGCAGAGCUCCGGUACUCUGGACAAGACCACGGAAGAUAUUUACAAUCAUAUGAUGGAAGAGCUCACGGUUGGGUGUCGUGAUGAGCCUUCUAUUCGGGCUGGUUUCAUGGGAGAGAUCGCCAGCGUUUGGCCGCUAAGAGAUUUCGAACGUAACGCGAUAAAGGCAGCAGGGGAGUUACAACCUCAGGUCGGUUGUGGAGUCAGUUUCCACCCCCACAGGGUCAAGGAGGCUCCCUUCGAGAUCAUACGCCUGUACCUGGAGGCCGGGGGCUCCGCUGACAAAGUCGUCAUGUCGCAUUUGGACCGCACUCUUCUAGAAGACGAUGUCCUAUUAGACUUUGCGGAACUAGGCACAUAUUGUCAGUUCGAUCUAUUUGGCGUAGAAGUCUCAUAUUACCAGCUAAAUGUGGACACGGACAUGUUGAGUGACGCUCAGAGAAUACAGAAGGUUGCGCUACUAGUCAAGGAGGGCAAAGAAGAUAGGAUACUCAUGUCCCAUGAUAUUCAUACGAAACAUCGAUUGACAAAGUUCGGAGGCCACGGCUACGCACAUAUUAUCCACAACAUAUUGCCCAAGAUGGAGGCUAAAGGAUUUUCGCGCCAACAGAUAGACACAAUCACCAUAGACAACCCCGCAAGAUGGCUGGCUAUCGAAAAUAAAUCAUAACCUUAUUUUUGUGAAGUUGGUUUAAUAUUUUAUUUCAACACAUUAGGGUUAAGUAAAAAUAUUGUAAAUAAGUGAUAUUGUCUUAAAAAGCAUCUAAUUUUUUAGCAAGCAUUUGGUAAGAAAUUUUACUUUAUUUUUACCAUUUGAUAGGUUUUUAUAUACAAGUGUACUCUUUACUAGAAUUUUAAG